ACAUGGUUUGAUGCUUGGAUAGUGGAUUCAUCAGCAUCCGGCAAAAACUAAAGUAGAGGACCGGGAAUACUUUUCCUAUCGCCUACGAGAGUCUGGCGUGUUUUGCUUUCUUUGCCGGUGUGUGUCCAUAGUUCCUCGGAGGCUGCCAGGUGAGAUCAGUGCGUUGCUGUCGGACCAAAGGAAACACAAACACAGAAACAUCUGAAGAGUUUACAGUUCACUUGUUUCUGUGAGGAGUUUGAGUCUGAAUGCAUGAAUAGAUGCAGAGCAUGGUCCUUUGUCAUCCUACAGAGGAGUGACCGUGUCCUUGCCAGGCCCGCUGGGAGAGGACCAUGGCCCUGAGCGAUGCCAGCGGCGACUCUGUGGCCCUGAGCAACGGAGGACACCAUAAUCUCAGCGCCAACGGAAACGGCAGCACACACAGCAGCGGCCAGGACCCUCUCACAGCCGCUGACUGCCUCACAGAUGGAGACCAGGAGGUUGUAGUAAAGGACGGGGGGUGUAAAGUCCAGCAGAGAUCACACGUGGUCCAGAGAACAAACAGACCCAGCCUGAAUGGCGGCGUGGUCAAACAGAACAGCUCCCUGAGGAACCUUCCCCCAUCCUCCCCCAAACGCCACGUCUCCUCCAGCCUGUCCCAGUCUUCCUCCUCCCACUCGCUGCAGCCCCCCCCCCUCUGCUGCCAGCACUGUCACUUCCACUCCCCCCUGUGCUGCCCCUGUGGACAGCAGGACUGCCCCCUCUUCCAGAACCCAGGCACAGGCCCAGGGUCCGGGACGGCUUCAUCCUGCCCCUGCUGCCUCUCUGCCUGCACAUACUCCCACCCCCAUGCCCAUCCUGCUCACCCGUCCUCCCCCCUCUGUCUCCAACACCUCCAUCAGCAGCGCUGGCAGGAGCAUCUCCAGAACCAGAAGCCUGGAAUCAGCCCUGCAAGGCCCUUUCGAUUCCCCAAAAGCUAUGCUGAGCUGAUAGCUGAUUGGCCGGUGGUGGUGCUGGGGGUGUGCACAGUGCUCAUCGUGGUGUGUGCUCUGGUGGGCGUUCUGGUUCCAGAUCUGCCCGAUUUCUCCGACCCGCUGCUGGGUUUCGAGCCAAGGGGAACAGCCAUUGGCCAGCGGCUGGUCACAUGGAACAACAUGGUGAAGAACACGGGCUACAGAGCCACGCUGGCCAACUACCCCUUCAAAUACGCUGAUGAGCAGGCCAAAAAUCACCAAGAGCCCAGGUGGCCCGAGGACCACUUUGAUCGAGACAAACGGCAAGCAGAGUGGGACUUCAGUAAAGAGUUUUUCUGUGACGUGCCAGGUGACAGUUACUCUAGACUGGUGUUCGCAUCAGCUGAGGGGAAGAACCUGUGGAAUAUUCAGGCCAUCAAAUCCAUGUGCAACCUGGACAACACAAAGGUGCGUUCCCACCGUGACUACUGGAGCCUCUGUCAGCGCACCAACGAUGCCUCCUGCUGUCCCAGCUGGACGCUCGGUAACUAUGUUGCCGCGCUCACCAACAGGUCGUCCUGCCAGAAGAUCACGGAGCGCGACGUAGCGCACACUCUCAAGAUCCUACGCUCCUGUGCAAAGUACUACCACAACGGCACCCUGGGGCCCGAGUGCUGGGACAUGGCCCUGCGACGGAAGGACCAGCUCAAAUGUGGCACCGUGCCCAGGAAGUGCACCAAGUACAACGCCGUCUACCAGAUCCUUCACUUCCUGGUGGACAAAGACUUCCUGGGUACCAAGAGCCUGGAGUUUUCUCCCCCUAUGCUCAAAUACAGCAUGCUCUUCUCCCCCACAGAGAAGGGAGAGUCCAUGAUGAACAUUUACUUGGACAAUUUUGAGAACUGGAACUCUUCAGACGGAAUCACCACGGUCACAGGGAUUGAGUUUGGGAUCAAACACGACCUCUUUCAGGACUACCUCCUCACAGACACGGUGUAUCCCGCCAUCGCCAUCGUGAUCGUCCUGUUGGUCAUGUGUGUGUACACGCGCUCCAUCUUCAUCACUCUGAUGACGAUAAUCGCCAUCAUCAGCUCACUCAUUGUGUCAUACUUUCUUUACCGGAUGGUUUUCAACUUUGAGUUCUUCCCCUUCAUGAACCUCACGGCCCUCAUCAUCCUGGUGGGCAUCGGCGCAGACGACGCCUUCGUGUUGUGCGAUGUUUGGAACUAUACUAAGUUUGACAAGCCGCACGCCGAGCUAUCAGAGACAGUGGGAGUGACUCUCCAACAUGCCGCCCUGUCUAUGUUCGUCACCAGCUUCACCACCUCUGCAGCUUUUUACGCCAACUACGUCAGCAACAUCACUGCCAUACGCUGUUUCGGUGUCUAUGCGGGCACUGCCAUAUUGGUGAACUACAUUCUCAUGGUCACGUGGCUUCCAGCUGUGGUGGUGCUACACGAGCGCUACCUGCCGAAUUUGUUCCCGUGCGCCAAGCCUCAGGAGCCGCAGAGUGGAUGCUGCACCCGGACGUUCUGGACAGGUCUUUGUCAGAAGGCCAACGACUGCCUGUUCGCUGUCUCCGAGGCGUCACGGAUCUUCUUCGAGAAGGUUCUCCCCUGCAUCGUCAUCAAACUGCGCUACCUCUGGCUCUUCUGGUUCCUCGCCAUCACAGUGGGCGGAGCUUAUGUUGUCUGUGUCAACCCAAAGAUGAAGCUCCCGUCUCUGGAGUUGGCCGAGUUUCAGGUGUUCCGAUCCUCGCACCCGUUCGAGCGCUACGACGCCGAGUACAAGAAGCUGUUCAUGUUCGAGAGGGUCCAUCACGGCGAGGACCUCCACAUGCCCAUCACCAUCAUCUGGGGCGUGACCCCCGAGGAUAACGGGGACCCCCUGAACCCCAAAAACAAGGGGAAGCUGAUGCUGGAUAACAGCUUCAACAUUGCCAGUCCUGCGUCCCAGCUGUGGAUCCUCAACUUCUGCCAGAAGCUGAGGAAUCAGAGCUUUGUGUUCCAGUCAGACGAGCAGGACUUCACCAGCUGCUUCAUCGAGACCUUCAAACAGUGGAUGGAGAACCAGGACUGUGAGGAGGCCCCCGUCUACCCCUGCUGCAGUCAGUCCACCUUCCCCUACAAACAGGAAGUGUUUGAGCUGUGCAUCAAGAGAGCCAUCAUGGAGCUGGACCGGAGCACUAACUACCACCUGGACAGCAAGACCCCCGGCCCACGAUUCGACAUAAACGACACCAUAAGAGCCAUAGUGUUGGAGUUUAAGAGCACCUACCUCUUCACCCUGGCCUACGAGAAGAUGUUCCAGUUCUACAGAGAAGUGGAUGCCUGGAUCCUUGAGGAGCUCCGCUACGCCCCAGAAGGCUUGAGCCACGGCUGGUUCAUCAGCAACCUGGAGUUCUACGACCUCCAGGACAGUCUGUCUGACGGCACUCUGGUUGCCAUGGCGCUGUCAGUGGCUGUGGCUUUCAGCGUGAUGCUGCUCACCACCUGGAACGUCAUCAUCAGUCUGUACGCCAUCCUGUCCAUCGCUGGGACCAUAUUCGUCACCGUGGGCUCCCUGGUGCUGCUGGGCUGGGAGCUGAACGUCCUGGAGUCGGUCACCAUCUCUGUGGCGGUGGGGCUGUCCGUAGACUUCGCGGUCCACUACGGUGUAGCCUAUCGCCUCGCCCCCGAGCCCGACCGCGAGGGAAAGGUGAUCUUCUCCCUUAGCCGCAUGGGCUCCGCUAUCGCCAUGGCGGCCCUCACCACCUUUGUGGCCGGGGCCAUGAUGAUGCCCUCCACCGUGCUGGCCUACACCCAGCUGGGCACCUUCAUGAUGCUGAUCAUGUGCAUCAGCUGGGCCUUCGCCACUUUCUUCUUUCAGUGCAUGUGUCGCUGCCUGGGGCCCCAGGGGACCUGCGGCCAGAUCCCCCUGCCUAAAAAGAUGCAGUGUCAGGUGUUUUCUGAGGUCACAUCUUCGGUGCCCGCCCCUCAAGGGAAAGGGAAGUACCAGCUGGACAGCAGGGACGGGGAGGCGGAGCAUUACGAGCUGGAGCCCCUGGCCUCCAGUCAGAAGAGUGAAGACAAACCCCGAGAGGAGCAGGAAGUGGGCGCUCAGCUCUACAACGGGGUCCCGGCCCACCCCCACACCGGGCCCUUCCCACACAUCCAGUACACGAGCAAGGCAGAGCCGGGCAGAACGGGCCCUGAGAACGGCCUCGCUGCAGCCCUGAGGCCACCGUCCAGGUGCCAGUUCUCUCAGAACACUACCUGCACAUGUGGGGACCCUUCCCCUCCUCACCACCUGUCCCAGCAAUGGACCCCCCACUCCUGUGCUCAGCCCCCCCUGGAGCCCCCUCCCACCCCUCAGCUCUUCCCCCUCUCAGGAAACACCCCCAGCAAACAGAACGCAGCCCAUUUAGACCCAGUGUACACGCACAUGGACUGCCACAUGCACUACGUCCACUGCCCCCCCGCCCAUUUCCACCAAUGUGCCCAGGGACGGGUAGUGGCCCCCAGGCAGGGACCCGCCCACACCUGUAAUCUCAGGAAGUACUGCGUCCACGCUGCGGGCCAGCAGAAGGCCACAGCUCUGACCCAGGAGCCCGGCUCAGAGCCCGGGGGGCCAGGGGACCAUAAACAUGAAACAAGAUCCUCAAGCCCUGACAGUAGCCAAAAUAUCAGCCCCCCCGCCGUGACUCAGUGCCCAUCCCCCUCCCCGGACUCACCUCUCAGUCAGGAGAAACAGAUGGGAAGGGACAGUGACCAUUGUUGUGGAGACAAUCACACGUCCACCACUGACACGACCACACCAGUGGACGCUUGUUGUAAAGUCCCUGGCAACCAGGAGCAGCUCAGAAGUAUUCCCGUCACACGGGAGGAGAGCGGGAAGAAGUGCAAGCGCAGCUCUAAACGACAGCGGGCGUCCUCUGCCUCGCCAAAGAAACUCUACUGUUUUAACAGGACGUUGAAAGUGAAGUGCAAUUCAGCUUCAGAGUUUAACGUGCCAAAAACUGACACCAGCGUGCCUCCUAUCGCAAUAAACACCAAUCCCUCCUCGGAAAGCUUGUGUUGAUGAUACAUUGUAUUAAUAAAACUCAUUUCAGAACAAAUGGCAAAUGUUCAAAAAAAGGAACGACCAACACUAAACUGUCUGUGCAAUCAAACAAAGUUUCUGAUGCUGACCAAGUGCCUCAAUGUGUUUCAUAAAACAGCACCCGCUCAAUAUAAUCUGUUGACAUGUUUCUUUUUCUACUUUCACAUAGCAUAUGUUUUCCACUCAAACACACACUAUUUGUUAAAGCUAUAUCAUAAUGGGACCUGAUCUUUUCACCCCUCCAUGAAAUGUUGCUAACUUCAGUGUUAAAUGUACUCCUGCAGCAGCCAUUUGCACCCACAUGAAAUGGUAUAGUAUAUAUUGUGAUAUUGUGUGUAAUUACUAUUAAAUGUUGUCAGAGAUGAUAACAUCAACAAUGACAGAAAUGUGCCACGUUUUACAAGCCGAUACCCCUCGACACUUUUUUUAUCUGUGGGAGCUGGUUUUAAAAUUCAGUGUGCCUGUUUUGUUUCAACUUGGCCUCGGAUAAAAGAUGAUUAAAAUGUCUUUUUUUUAUCA